CGGAGGUGCAGUCCUGCUGCCAGGUACGAGAUUGCAUCAAUUUCAUUCGUUGGCGUCUUCCCUCUCGCACCGUUUGUCUCUGUUCGCAGCGCUUGCCACAGCGUGAGUGCGUCUUUUGUUUCUGCUGCCCUGUCGUUCAUGGCAGACCUGUACCGCAGGCUGCCUUUGCUGGUGCUCGCCGUUGUGCUGCUGCUUGCCAUUGUCGUCUUCCAUAUUUGCUGCCUCGUGCGCGUUCUAGGGAGGAAACAGACGCGGCGAACGUCGAAGACGGCCAGGAAGAUGGAGAGGGUACAAACGAGGACCACACUGUCCGUUGGGGCUGCGGGGUCGUCACGUCAGCGCUGCAGAAGUGCGGAAGCAGUCAGGCGGUCGUACGACCCCGCACUGUACAGCCACCUGCCGUCCCACGAGAUAUCGUUGCCUCCAAGUGACGAUGACGGCGACGACCCACGAUCUGGUUAUGACCCAGGACUGGUGGAUCUCAGCUUUGGAUUGAGGUCCGGGAGUGCCGACGAGGUGACGCGCACUGUUAUCGUGAACCCUGCUUCGGGCACCACCCACACACCGGCUCCAGUGACAACGCGGACUGGCGGAUCAGUUCCGUGUAGAACGACGACGGCAGGUGGCACAGUGGACGGACGAUGCCCAAACGAAGAGUGGUCAGCAACGGAGGUCGUUGGUCGAAAGUUUUGGGAUGAUCAUCGGCGACAAUCCCGUGAAGCGAGCACGGCUGGCAUAACGAGAGGGGUGGCGAAGAUUACCGUGGGGGCGGACGAUAUAUUGGGCGAUGAAGAUGGUGCAGAUGGGGAGGAUUGCGAGGCGGACUACGGGGCCGGUAACGACGACGAGGAGGAUGACGAGGAGAUGGAGAUUCGUCCAGUAAGGAGAAAGCGGGGAGGGUCGAGGGCCGCGAAAAAGUUGCCGGAAACACGCACGGGGCGGAGGGGGAAGAAGGGUGUGGAAGAUGCGUCGGCUGGCGAGGGAUCGAAAAGCCGGGAUUUUUGGACCGUGGAGCACAUGAUUGCUCUCAUUCGGGCAAAAAGAGACCAGGAUUCGCAUCUUGCCGGCCUCGCGCACACCACGGGAAGGAUGAAGACGAAGACAUGGAAGUGGGACGAUGUGGAGAAGAGGCUGGUGCAGAUGGGGGUCACGAGUAGAAAGGUCGUCGAUUGCCGGAAGAAAUGGGACAACCUGUACCUGCAUUUCAAAACCGUGCACAAGUUUAUGGGAGAAUCGGGGAAGCCAAAUUUCUUUACACUGUCGCCAGGCGAGAGGAAGGAGCGGGGGUUCGAUUUCCGGAUGGAUGAGCGUGUGUAUUCGGAGAUGGCGGCGAUGACCAGGAGCGAUCACACCAUACACCCCACCAAUCUCGCCGACACCGGUGCGACUGGAGGUGUUCAAAUGCCCGGCCCACGCGGAGGUCGGAAUGAAUCCGGCGGUAGUGAGGGGGGCGGGGAUGGACAGGACGACGAUCAGGGGUCCACGAGGGAUUCUAUCAGUGGAGGUGGUGUUGGCGGGGGCAGCAAAUGGAAGAAUGUGAGACAGCAGACCUUCGACACGAUUGCAUACGUGAUGAAGGAGCACGGGAGUCUGAUGGCGACAACCGUGGACAGCGCGAGCAAGAGACAGUGCUCAAUUCUAACUAGGCAGUGCGACAUUCUAGAGCGCGAGGUUGAAGUGCAGAAGGAACACUACGUCAAGGCCGACCGGGCGAACUUGAUGAUAUUCCGAUUCGCAGAGCAGAUGCCCCCACGGGGCGCCUCGGCGAGGGGCAGGAAAGAUGCCGGGGUGGGCGACGGUGGGGAAACCAACAAAGGCAGAGGCCAAAUACCCAAGUCGAAAAGGCAGCGCAUCGAUGACGCCAGCUCCUCACAAACUGACGACUUCCUCGCAGACGAAGUGGCUAUGGUGGACGCGCAAGGGACGACAGGGGUCGCAAGGUUGGGUUUCGGGCGGGAUGGAGUGUCGAGGGAGCAGCUGCAAGAAGUGAAACGCAGCGUUGUUGGCGGUGCUGCCGGGACGGUGCCAAGGACCCCAAACAUGGCAGGGGUUGUCGUCACGAGCGCGCGGGUCGCGGGACAACUUUUGGCGGCGGCAGGUCAAGGUCAGCCAUGUCAGCCACUCCCCCUGCAACACGUGUUGGCACCAGGGGGAGGGCACACGGCGCCCGCGCAAAAGGGCGACGCAACGGUCAGCGCCAGUCGGACGGCGGCGGCAGAUCACACAGCUAAAGGUGGAGUCGUCGAAGGUGCAGGAAGGGGGGGGGUCGACGACAUUGGCCGUGACGAUGACCGAAGAGACGGAAAGUGGGAGGGCAAUGACGACGACGACCGUCCACUUGUGCCGAGGGGGAAGGGAGCAUCGAAGGAGGACGAGCUGGAAGAGAAGGCAAAGUUGUGGGUUGAUUGUGACGCUUUCUGGGGUCAGGGUCCCGGGAAACCUCUGAGGGAGGCGGUAGGCGAAUGCACCGACUACUUCGUCGCCAUCGCCAACGGAGAUGCAGGAGCUGAGCCGCCUUCGAUGCUCAUCAUGCCGCCGAAUGACGUGCCGCGCUUCAAGAUCGACGACCCGGUGCAGCAGUCCUACAUCACCGUCGAUCUCACCACGGACCUCGCACGAGCAGUUUGGCAGGGCUUGGAAUGGUCGAGAGUGGUAUCCCCUGCACUCGUCUACCACAUGUUGGCGAUGAAGAUGGACGUGCCUCUGUGGUUCGCGGGGGUGAGGAUCGAGGACCGCCCGGAAGACGACGACAUGGCGGCGCGGCAGGAGGCGACAGUUCUUUUGCUGGCGGAGUGCUGGACUGAUGUGCUGUGGUGCGGACAAUGGGCGGAUGGCGGGUGCGUAAAACAGGAGAGGUUGUCGAGGCUGGCGGACAGUCUGCAAGCGUUGUUGUGCAUGGUCAUGUGGAUCAUGCACAUGGGAGGUGACGACGAUCGAUCGCAUUACGAGGCAUGGUUGUACGCGUCCAUGGUCGCGAAACCGACGAUGAUAGCGGCGGGGUCGUACAUCUUCAACUGGCGCCGACACAUGGUGGACUCUGCCAACCUCGUCCUCGAUCGUCUAGGGAAGGCCCACCUCACACUGGGAGAUUACCCGCAAUGCAUUCCGGAAUGGUGCGAUUGCGGGUUGGCGUUCGGGCACAACGCUGCCCUGAAGAACGCGGCGGAGGCCGCGAAACACGGGUGGAUCGGCAGCGGGCCCGCGGCGGAUGACGAUGGAGAUGAUGGCAAGUGACACGUCAUCUCGCCCAAUGGUGGCGGCGGAUUGGUGCAAAUCGUCGGCGCUUCGUCCACGG